AUGUUGGAGCUUACAGAUGUUCGGCCUUCGAUCAGCAUGCAUGAUUUGGGUCUCACUCCUGUCGCUAUGGCUCGCCACGGCUCAGGGAAAGAGACCGAGCACAUGUUCUACCAUGGGUUCGAGAAUUAUAUGAAAUACGCGUUUCCGGAAGACGAGCUGCGUCCUUUAUCCUGUCGUCCGCUUGUUCGCGAUCGUGAUAACCCCUCGAAUGCUGAGCUCAACGACGUCCUGGGAAAUUACUCCCUUACCCUGAUUGACAGCCUGUCCUCGUUAGCGAUAUUGUCGUCUAGUCCGGAUGAAGGCGAGAGAGCUUGGAACCACUUCCAAGACGGAGUGAGGGAUUUUGUUAACUUAUACGGGGACGGCUCGGAUGGCCCUGCUGGUCAGGGUGAACGGUCAAGGGGAUUCGAUCUUGACAGCAAAGUACAAGUCUUUGAGACCGUCAUUCGAGGGCUAGGGGGAUUGCUCAGUGCUCAUCUUUUCUCCGUUGGUGACCUUCCAAUCACCAGAUACACUCCUCCGGAACCGGAAGCCACCUUCGCCAAAGCAUGGAACAAAUCAGCGUUUCCAGAACAUUAUCAUGGGAUCAAGUGGACAAACGGAUUUGUAUAUGAUGGUCAGCUUCUCCGGCUCGCUGCUGAUCUGGCAAAACGCCUUCUACCUGCGUUUUAUACGGACACUGGUCUUCCAUACCCUCGAGUGAAUCUGCGGUACGGCGUUCAACGGCGCCCGUUCUAUGCGAAUUCGCCCUUGAAUGCAGACAAACAAUGCCAUGGGCCUGAUCAUGAGGUCUGUCGAGAAGACCGUCAGCGCGCUUCUUCAGAAACCACGGAAACUUGCAGUGCGGGUGCAGGCAGCCUAGUUCUCGAGUUUACGGUUCUGAGCAGGCUCACCGGAGAUGGCCGAUACGAAGAACUUGCGAAGAGAGCAUUUUGGGCUGUUUGGACGCGAAGAAGUGACAUUGGACUGAUUGGUUCGGGAAUAGAUGCGGAAUCAGGUCGUUGGGUUCAUUCUUAUACCGGGAUUGGCGCUGGCAUUGACAGCUUUUUUGAAUACGCUUUCAAAUCCUACGUCCUUCUCUCGUCGGGACAACGCUCCUCGCAUGAUCCCAGAAGUCCCUGGCAGGCCCUGGAUGGGUACUUUCCGCCGUUGAGUGAAUAUGAGCACUCAGCGGAAGCGUUCCUGCGCGUGUGGGAAGAGUCUCAUGCGGCUAUCAAACGGCAUCUAUAUCGAGGGGAGGGUUAUCAACAUCCGCAUGUGAUUCAAGGCGAUAUUUUUACCGGCGCAACACGGGCAUUCUGGAUCGAUAGUCUGAGCGCUUUCUAUCCAGGUCUUCUUUCGAUAGCAGGGGAGCUGGAUGAGGCCAUAGCCAUACACCUUUUGACGACAGCAGUCUGGACCCGAUUCUCUGGCCUUCCUGAAAGAUGGAACGUUGCCACCGGGAACAUUGAGGGUGAGCUUGCUUGGUACGGUGGCCGUCCAGAGUUCAUUGAGUCCACAUACUACAUAUAUCGGGCCACCAAGGACCCAUGGUAUCUCCAUGUUGGCGAGAUGGUACUCCGAGAUCUCAAACGCCGGUGUUGGGCGAAGUGCGGCUGGGCCGGUCUACAGGACGUCCGCAACGGAGAGUUGAACGAUCGAAUGGAGAGUUUCUUUCUGGGAGAGACUGCCAAAUAUCUGUUUCUCCUAUAUCACCCCGACCAUCCUUUGAAUAACAUGGAUCGGCCCUUUGUCUUUUCAACCGAGGGUCAUCCGCUGAUUAUACCUACAAGUACCAGUGCCAGCACUCAUCAGCAUAGGAAGCAGGCGCAGCAUGAAGAGCUGAUCAAUCUACCGGUUUGCCAGUCGGCACCUGAGCCACCGACAUUCGGUCUAUCCUCAACGGCGGCGCGUCCUGACGUUUUCCAUGCUGCAACUUUGGCUCGUUUGCAUCUAAUGCCGAGCAGAGGCCCGACCGAAGGGCCUAUUCUAGAGUAUGCACAUGACCAUCCUAGUGUGACAGUGUCCGAUCUAUCGUCGCCCACCAACUACACGUAUUACCCGUGGACUCUUCCGCCUGAAUUGGUGCCCUUCAAUGCAACAAGCUCGCCGAUGACCUCGCGACCGACACUCGACAUCUCUUUCCCAGCCAUUCCAGGUAUGGUCAUGGGUCCCGGGUCAAUUGAGCGGGUUCGGGAUGGCAUUUUCAUCAAGAACAUCGGAGGCCUUCGAUUGAGCAUGGUUCAGGAUGUGCCGUCGCUCGACGCGACUGGGAAGGCGAGCCAGGAUGAUUUCCGUGUGCAGGUGAUUAACAAUGUGCCUUUGGGCAAAGAUGAGAAGGUAUACCUCUCACGAGAAAUCACCUUUGAUAUCCUCGAUCCCACUGAUCCCAAUUUCACUCGGAUGCGCGACUCUGCCAUGAUUGACAUCGUCAUUGACGUAGUGCCAGAGCUUCUCCGUCGAGGAAAUGAUUCGAAUGGUAAUCGCGAACGAGGUGCUGCGGAGCAUAGUGGAGAACAUGUCAUCCAAGAAAACGCAUCCGUCGACAACAAGAUGGGGAGCGUCGACCCUUCGACCUCCGGAAUGAAGAACGUGUUCUCAUCUCUAAUGGACACAGUGUCUGCACUACUGCGGGACGAGAAUCCAGGGUUGACGACCCAAUCACCCUCGAAAAAGUUGUCUAUUGUACGGUUGAUCCUGCCAGCUGCCGUAUCUAGCGGCGCAGGCUCGGCUCCCGUCCCAGAAGUGGAGGACGCCUCUAUUGUUUCCAUCUCGGGGGGCCGUCUGAAAAUCUGUGACCACCGGAUCUUCCGGGAGAUUGCUCAAAGUCAUCAAGUCCUGGUCAUCAAACGAGGCGGCUGCGGCUUCUCUCAAAAACUGCGCAACAUUGCCGCUUACCCACCUUCCCGACACGCCCUCAAGCUUGUCAUUGUGAUUGAUUACGAUGAGAACGCGUUCGCGGAGGCUUCAACGUCCAAACCUCCCCCUUCUGCAGGUCUGGCCGCCGUUCGCGCUGAACCGUUUCUUAUCCGGCCGUUAUUAGACGAGCCGCAAAUGACCGCAGGAGGGUUUCCCCGUCGCCAUCCUAUUAGCAUGGUAAUGGUUGGCGGCGGCGAGGAAACGUAUGAGUUGCUGCGACGUGCGACAGGUGUUGGCAUAAAGCGACGCUAUUCGGUCCGCUCUCAGGGCAUACCGAUCAAUAAUUUGUACAUAGUCUGA